GGCAAGCAGCAUGGUAUGAGAAAUUGAGGUCGCUUCGUCGUCGCAUCGGACGGAGAGUUUUCUGCCUGACGAUGAUGGGUUUCUUUGUCAAGAACAUUUGGUACAUUUCCUGCUGAUAGUACAGAGGUCGUUUAAUCUCAGCAUUCGAUACCUUUUCGCGAGAUCAUGGCUCUGUCAAAUGUACUGCUUCUUAGCCAAGUGGCAGGCUAUGUCAUAGCCCUUAUCUUGUCUCUGUGCAUCACUGUACCAAUGAGUUUUCAUCAAGACGAGUUUCUGGGUCACUGCUUGCUUUUCUCAACUGGAGAAUGGCAAGAAUCUGACGGCCAGUUCGUUGUAAACUGGGCAUCUCAAGCUUACUGCAACUACACUAUUUUUGUUGGUGUCAUAUUAUUCCUUGCAUCAGCCAUUCAAAUUUAUCGAAUGUCAAUGUACCUGUACAAAGGCACAGACAGCUCGUUUCUGUCCGCAUUCACUGAUGUUGUGGGCAGUCUUUCGCUUUGUGCCAUGUGUCUUGUAACAGCAUUACUUAUCACCCUGGGCUUCACAGUUUGGUGCCAAAACAUGACUCAAAGAUUUCCAUCGUGUGAAGUUGCUGCUGGCAACCAAUUUGAUAACAAGGACGGCAUUAACACAUCUGGAUUCCACAUUGAAUUGGGAACUGCUCAAUUUGGUGCUUGGGCAUCAUGGACCUGCUGGGUUGGUCUCUCAGUGUUUGCUGUUUUGAAGCUUGUAAGUCAGCAUCAACUACGAAACCUUCGUGUGAGCAUGUUCCGUGAAAGGCAACGACUUAUCAACGGAGGACAGGGUCCAGACAAAGAACCGACUGCAAGUGGAAGCACAACUGUUGCUACAGUGGAAGCUGUGUCUGCAAGUGCUCAACCAUCCCAAAAUGUAGUUCCUGCUAAUGGGUUGUUUGAAUAAUCUUAUCUAAAACUGCAUCCAAAAUGCAUGUUUUAUCCUGCAUAUGUUAUUGAUUUACUACGUGAUAAUUACAGAAAAACAGGUCUUAUGAUUUCAUGUUAAUCCAAUUCUUAUAAUUAUUUAUUAUUCACUUUUGGAGAGCUCCUAUUUGUAUGUGUGCAUCAUUGUAUGUUCUGUGUUCAUUUCCAUCUGUAACUGGGCAGUGUGCCUAAUCCAAUUCUUACUCUUGGACUUCAAUUAUGUAGUCUAAGAAUAAAAAGAAAUUGUCUUAGUGUCUGCAGUGUCUGCUUGUUUAAUUUUCUCAAAGCAAAGCUGUGCACAGCACAAUGAAUUCUUCUGCGCUUAUUGCAAAAUGAUUUACAUCGUCAAAAAAUUAUUAUAGUUGUGUGGUUUCAUUCUAUAGAUCUUCAUCUUACUGUGAUAUUGUACCAAAUCACUUGGAAUCAUGUUUUUAAAAUAAUGUUUCUUUUUUUUAUUUUGACAGUAACAAGUCUAUGUGUAUUUGCCUUUGGUGUUUCAUUUUAUUGCUUUGUAUCGAAUCAUUGCUGACUGAUCAAUAUUGCUGAUGUAAAUUCGAGUUUCAGUGGACUUAUUUGGGAUGGAGUGCACAUUUUUUUAUGGCUAUCUUCAAUGAGAUACUGAUUAUUAUUUCUGUUUGCUUUUGUACUUUAAAUCAAUUUCAUGUACCUUAUUAUGUAGUCUCUCAGAUAGUCUCCAAUUGCUGGGUUUCAUUUUAUAUACUCCAUGAAGUAAACCACAUAUUUUGUUCUUAGGAGAUACACUUCAAAUUUAAGAUUUGUACUAGUAAUUAACUUCUUUUAGUUUAUUGCUGUUAUGUGUUUUAAAAUCAAAGCUACUCUUUUAUCUUUUUUUUUCCACAAAUUUAAAAGGUUUUAAAUUUUCUGUAUACUAGAUAAUCCAUCCUUGUACAUAAUGUAUUCCAUUUCUAUUUUUCUAAAGAGUGAUAGAUGUCUGAUAUGUGGAUGAGACUUGUUUGUUAGAAAGUGUUAGUUAAAUGUUAGGUGAUACGAAUGUGAUACACUUUGUAGGUGAUGGCAAGUUAUAGGGGUGGUGAAACAGUAGUUACGAACUGGUUGUCUUGAUAAAAAUUGAGUAUUAGCAAGAACAAGGAUUUACUUUUUAGGUUUCUCAAUUUCGUGUUUCACAAUUUCAAACGACAUCCUUUUAUUGAGGUCAUCUGUGCCUCUUCUGUUGGAGCAUGUCAUACCUUGUAAGAAUUUUUAUCAGGCCAGAUGUAAUUUUUGCACAAUUCUCCCCUCCAGUUCUCAAAUUGCUAUUCGAAAGACAGGAAUAAACUUCGAGAGGACUUAUCUGA